UCCCCUCCCUCCUCCACCGGCGGCGGCGGCGGGCUCGGCGGCGGCAGCGGGGCGUGCAGGCGGGCUGCGGGAACGGCACGGAUGAGGCGCAUGCGCGCCGUGGACGGGCGCUGGGGCUGUAGCGGCUCGGCGCGGAGAGCCCGGGCGGGGCUGGGGGCCGGGACCGGGGCCGCCGCCACCGGGAGCGGCAGGGGGGUCGUCGUCGUCGGUGGCGGCGGCGUUGGGGCGGAGGAGGGCUCCGCGCUGUGCCAGGAGGGCUGGCGGGGCCAGUCGCGGGGCUCGGUGCAGCAGCUGGCGGAGCGCUACGCGGACCUGGCGGCCAGCCACAGCGAGGCGCUGCGGCAGCGGGAGGAGCGCGAGUGGCACAACGCGCGGCUGCGGCAGGAGAACGCCCGGCUGCGGCUGGAGAACCGCCGGCUCCGCCGCGAGAACCGCUGCCUCUUCAGGCAGGCCCUGCUCGGGCCCGAGCCGCGGGACCCCCGGCAAGGGGAGGCGGAGGAGCUGCGCGCCCAGCUGGGACGGCUGCAGGAGAGGCACCGCCGCGCCCUGCAGCAGCUGCGGCGCUGCCGGGCCGAGGGCGGGGCGGAGGACGGCGAGCUGGAGGAGCUGCUGCUGCGGGAGGAGGAGGGCGACGAGCGGCCGCCGGCCCCCCUGGAGAAGAGGGGGCUGGUGGUGGAGCCCGUGUAGCCGGCCCCUUGGGGAGGGGGGGGAGCCCCUGCCCCGGGGUGUGCUCUGCGCCCUUCCUCCGCCCACAGGGCACGGCGCGGAGGCGGAGGAGAUGUGGACCGAGGAUGGAGGGGGAGGAGUGCUGCUGCUGUGGAGGAGGGAGCCGCGAGGAAGCGAGCGCUUGGCCGCGCAGCACCGCGCUGUGCUCUCCUAGGGGAUCCGCUGCCGGCCGCUCGUUGCGUCAGCGAGCCUCGGUAGCCGGAGAGGCCGCCUGAAAGAUGCCUGGCGGCUGCUCUGUGUCCUGUGUGCGUCUGUGCUAAAACGGGGAGGGGUGGGGGAAGCUUGCAAGCUUCUGGGCCGGCACUCUGGUGCGAGGUUGGUGAUCCCUCGAACACUGAAUUGUCUGGACGUUGAGUCAAAAGCAGUACCCGCUGUCUUUAAGGAUGGACUGUGUUCACCCUCAUGUUCAAUAUUGGUUUGUAUUUUGCACUUUUCACUUAAAAUGGCAUAAAAUUCAUGAUAAUAAAAGCGUGGCAUGCCAAGCGACCGUCUCAAGUGUGAUUUGUAACAGGCAGUUACUUUGAAAUUACAGGUGAAACACCAGUCACACCUUUGUAACACAGUUCCUCUAAGCACAUGACAUUUAGUUAUUUUUCAGACCUCUUUUCCUUAAUAAAACCAGUUUGCAAACAAGCCUUGUGAGGAACUGACACUGCAGUUUGUUUCGUGGUAUUCCUUCAUUAUUGUUUUUCAUCAUUUAAGAGCUGGAUGAUGUCUUCAGGUUUGGUGUUAGUUCCUUUUUAUCUUUAAAUAACCAAGCUCUAUUUUAGUUCAAUGUAAUGUUAAAAGGUUUAAAUGCCAUCCUAAGGAUUUUUGGAUAUAACUUGAACACUGUAGUUGUUACUCCUUUGCAUAACAUCUGUGUAAGCUUCUAAUCAGAAAGUGCUGUAGCACUUGUUAACUUGUUCCAUCCGUUUCGAUCUGCAGCAUCAAAAAAUGUGUUCUCAAUACAUAAAAAAAGAUGUGUCAGAUGGUACAGUUAAUUGCUUCUUAAUGAGAAAUCUUGGCUGUUGGUGUGUGGAUGUAUUGCUUGAUUACCUUGUUUUGGAAAUGUGAAAGCAUUCUUAGAAACAUCUGAAUUAAUUAAAUGCUUAAGAAUUACAAGAGAUACAACCACCACAACAGACAGUUGUCUUAUUUUCUAGCUUUUUGUUUUGUUUUGUUUUUAUUGAAGUGUGUAUAUGAUGAAUAGCUAAGCAGUGUGAAGAGUUUGUCAGAAUAGUACAAUGGAGAAUGGUGUUAAAAUACAAUGUUAGAAAAGUGCAAAUGUGUACCUUUUAAAAAUAUCAUUUUAGAAAGUAUUGGGAUGUACAAAAAAAAAAAAAGGUUCUGUAUUUUUUUAAUGCAAUAUGCAAAACUUUGUAACUAAAAUUUUGGGGCCCUCCAAAUGAUGGAGGUCUUUAUAUUCUAGAUAAUGUAAGAAUAUUAGUACUUUUAAUAAGCUCUAUACAAGUUUAUAUAAAGUGUUUUUAUUAAAUUCAUAAAAUGGGCUCUAGAUAUGACUUGACAAAGAGUUCAUAAAGUAAAACCAUUCAGAUAAUUAAAAGAAUCUCAGAUAAUUACAUUGUUAAGGCUCAAAUUUAUGGGAAAUACUUUUUUAUUUUAAAUUUUGAAAUUGUUACCUCCAGGUGAAUUUCAGUAAAGUGUCAAUUAAGUCAAGUUGCUGAAGUUUCAUCUAGCCAAUCAAUCAUCUGAUCUCAUUGUGUUAGAGAGCAAGAGGUAAGAAAAUACAAGAUUUGGAAAAGUUCUCUCUAGUAAAAUUAUGCAAAAAUAACUCUCACUUUUCCUUAAUUAAUAGUUUGCAGGUGGUAGGUUUCCUUUACGACGCACUUGCAUGAUCUUUGGCUACAGGAAACUUCAAAGACUUGCUGGAAAAGUGAGUAUACUUCCUAAAGUAUAUACCUAUAAAGCCUUAACGCUUGUAAUCUGAAUUUGUCUAUGUGACUAGUUCUAAAAUUCGGUAAUUUGAUACCAUCACAGAAACAGUCACAUCUGUCUCUAAAGCCAAAACCCCUUGUGUUGAUGGCUGGCAGAAAACCUAGAGCAUCUCUGGAAUUGUCUGAGAACUUACAGCAUCUAUGCAUCUGAAGUGAUAGAAGAUGUGAAGGUCUUUUUUCUUAGAGGCCUUUUCCAAACUGAAUCACGGAACGCUAGGAAUUGGUAGGGGCCUUGAAAGAUCAUCCAGUGCAAUCCCUCAUGACUCAUGAUUCUACAAAGAGCUAUUACAAUUGUAAAAAGUGCUUAAACCUUCCUCUACAUUUGAUUGUGGUUUGUUUUAUUCCUCUUUUAUUCUUUCUGUCGGAUAAACAGUCAAAUCUUGAAAAUCUAGUUUUCAAUUCCUACUCCUCAAUCUUGUCUUUAAUUCUGUUUAUCAUGUUCUGGACUGUACGACAAGUGUUUAUUCUUCUUCUGUUCUAGUUGUUGAGGCAGUGUUUCUAUGUGUUGCUGCACUGAGCCUUCCCUCCUGUUGUUUGACUGAAUGCUUCUACCCUAAAUUUGGAAGAGAGUCCUUUACAGAACAAAGUUGCUGUAUUAUAUUCAGCAAACUGAACCAUGCUGUGCUGUUAUCCUUCUUCUCAUACCUUUACCAUUUUAAUUCAAAAUCAUGUCAGUUCUAUUCUGAUGGUUUUCAAAACCACGUAUUUCAAAACAGAGAUUUUUUGUGUUUUUGACUAUAGGUUUUAAGUAUCUACUUUGUCGUAGCUAACUGUUUUUCUCUGUUUGUUUGUUUGUUUGUUUACCAUGAGGCCAAAUUUCUGGGGCCCAAUGGAUUAUUUUCCCAUUUAAAGGAACGCUUUUAGCUUAUAAUUAACUUUCAGGUUACAGUAUUUUGUAGUGUUGUAUGAAAGUGAGUUUGAAAAUGAGAUGUGUGUGUUUUGUUUCGUUUUGCAAAUUAGAGACUGGAUUAAAUCCAUAUUUGGAUUUGAGGGUCUAUGUGAGCCUUUUAUUUUGUUUAUAGAUAAAUACAUAGAAACACAGCGGCAGAAUGUAUAAAAUAUUUGGUAGUAUUGGCUACCUAUUCACCCUGUUAAAUUGCAGUAUUUAAAUUAUGAAUAUAUAAUCUCACAACUUGCUUUCACAAAAAAUAUAUGUAUACGUAUGAAUUUGUGUAGUUAAACAGAAAGUCAGAUCCUGUAGCCUUUCACUUUGUUACUAACAUGAUUAUCUUUUGUUUUUUAAAUGUUCAGUCUUAGCUGCAGACCUUUGUUUACCCUUCUCUCCUAUACCUUAUGUUAAAAAAAAAAGUUAUAAAAUAUAUGCUAAAAUGGAAGAUAUAUGCAUGGCUACAUUAAAACUAUGUUAAAAUCUU